CAAGAUGGCGGACACAGAUGGAGGGCAGGUACUCCCCUGUAUUUACGAAUAAAUUUGAGCAUAUAUCAUUAUCAGUUUGGUUAAAUGAAGUGAAGUGGAUGAAGGGCAGCGUAUAUCUUUUGCCAAGUGAAUGAUGAAGGACAGUGAAGGAAAAUAUGAAUAAUUGUUAAAAGACGUCGUAUUUCAACGCAACAAUGGCAGACGAUCUGUUCUUCUAUCGUCAGACGACCUUUCGGCGGACGCCAAAGCGCUUUCGGAAAACACCCGAAGAGCUUCCACAGAGCUUGAGGUUUGCUCAUCUUAACCCAAAAGUAGCAGCAUUUUUGGCCAACAAAGAAAAAGAAGCUGGUCAGAAUAAAGAAGAAGAUGGAUUUGAAGGGGAGUUGGAAGGAGAGCAACAGACAGCGGAAGACGUACAGUUGAAGAAAAGUUUACUUCCAGAUAUAAAUCAGGCUUUCAGUGCCUUAAAGAAUAGACUAGACAUUGCUCUAGACCAUGAUGAAGACUCACAAAGAUAUCUCUUUGAAGAAACUAAGUUUUCAGCACCAAAUAUUCUUUUCCAAUUGGCUAAAGUUUUAUACUUAUUUGAAGGUACAGAACCAUAUUUGCCAAAACAUUUAUAUCAUGCGUUGCAAUCAACUUAUGCAGAUUUGAUUGUAGAUGUUUCAUAUGUGCCAAGAGAAUGGCAAGUACAGGCAAAUAAAAAAGAAGCAGACAGAGAGGCUGCUCGUCAACAAAAAGAGAAAGAAAAAGCAGAAAGAGAACAAAAGGAAAGAGAGCAAGAAAUGUUGCAGCAAAAACAGUCUGAAAAAACAACAGAGGAGGAAGGCAGUGGUGCUGAGGAUGCCUCCAAAAACACUGGGGAGGACAGCAAACGACGGAGACGAGAGUCAAAAGUCGAACUGGAGCAUAUAUCUGAAGUUACUGAAAGUCGCACAGGUUCCAGGUUGAGAACUGCUGACAGUGGAAGUGUAGCUGGUGACAUGACAUUGCCAUCUUCAUUGGGGUAUCGGAAGGAAAGCUCUGUUCGCAGAGCAAGUACUGGUGUUCCUAAGCCAAAAUCUAGACUUGACAAGUUCAGAUUGAACAUGUCAGAUUCCAGGGGAUCAUGUAAGUAUAAGAUAAAUGCAAGUGCAAAUUAA